CUUCCAGAUAUACCUACACUCUGCCCUUCGCACCUCGUAUUUGUUCAACGGAACCAAGCACGACAACUUACUCAGCGCAGAUCAACUUCACAACAAAGAUCAUGGCAGAUUUCGCACCGCCUGCGGGGCCGCCUCCGCCCAAAGUGCCGGCAGGCUACAAAGCCGUUUGGAAUGAGCAGUACAGCGAAUACUUCUAUGUCAACAUCUACACGAAGAAAUCGCAGUGGGAUAAGCCUACCGAACCCGUCUACCCACCCGGCGAAGGGCCACCUGACGGCCCGCCGCCCUCCUACGCCGGAGGACCUGGCGGUGCACCUUACUCGUCCACGGAGAAGAGCCGUCUCCCCAGCAACAAUCCGUAUGGUCAGCAGCAAGAUAUUAGUGAAGACGAGCGCCUGGCGCGUCAACUGCAAGAAGAAGAACAGGCCCGUGCGAGGGCGCACGGCGAACCCCCUGGCGCAGGAGCAUCAAACAGUUACUACAACUCCGCCCCAGCCAGCGGCGCAUAUCCCAACCCAGGCGGCGCUUCGGCCGCAGGUUUGACCUCAGGUUAUGGCGACACGAGCUCCCAGGACCGGGGAAAGAGCAAAGGAGGGUUCCUGGGCAAGUUGCUGGGCAAAGCGAGUGGAGCGUCCAGCCACAGUCAACAACAGCAAGGCGGCUACGGUGGAUAUCCUCAGCAGCAAGGAUACCCACAGCAGGGAUAUGGCGGAUAUGGACAGCCGAUGGGUGGUGGAUAUGGACAGCCGAUGGGUGGUGGAUACGGGCAGCCGAUGGGUGGUUACGGAGGGGGAAUGUACGGGAGGCCGCAAAGGAAAACCGGAGGAAUGGGAGCGGGCGGUGCUGCCGCGUUAGGUGUCGGUGGUGGCUUGUUAGGUGGUAUGAUGCUAGGAGAGGCCCUGGGCGAUGCUGGUGAUGGCGGCGGCGAUGGAGGAGGAGACUACGGGGGUGACGGGGACAUGGCCGGGGGGGAUAUGGGCGGUGGUGACUUUUAGGCGUAUUCUCGCCAAUUGAGACGUUUCUAACAUUUUUAAAAUGGUUUUCUGGAGGUCCCCUUAUGUAACUUCACUGCACUCGGCUUCUUUUUAGGAACACUCGCCAUUAUGGGAAGAUAAACACCGGCGAUACAGCAUCAGGUCCAGACUAUGGGCUCGUAUAGUAACCCAAGUCACUUCAGAAU